ACGCAAACACACACAGCGUUUCAUGGAAGAUGAUAAAGUUUCCUUGAGUAAAACUUGUGAUUAUUAUCGUUUUGUUUGGAGUUUCAAAAGUGUUCUAAAGCUGAAAAAUGUAUUAAAUCAAUAACAAAGUUUUUUAAAAGGCCACAUAUAGUUUAGGUUUCUAUUUGUGUCGACCUACUCCAGGUCAUGGAUCGGCCUUUACGUUCUCAGUUUAAAUCUUUACAAUUCAGACUGUGAUCAGACUCAACACACACAUCAUGUACAGUAAAUAUUGAACAUAAUUCUGAUCUAUUAGACUCCUGGUUCAGGCCACACCCUUGGCAGAGCCGACUGAACACGUCGGACCAGUGAUGACUCCAGAGGGUGUGUCCUGCUGCUGUGAACCAGCCUAAUGUUCACCUCUUGUUGCUCCUCGCAGGCGGAGACUUUCAGCCUGCAGUCCUCCUCCUCCUCCUCCUCCUGCUCCUCCGCCUUCAGAGAGAACCAGAGCCGUGCGCCUCUCAGGAGGGAAGUGAAGCAUUGUCCCAGCAGCUCUGAUCGGAUAUUCCUGUGUGGAUAACCUGUAACCAGCCCGGACUCAGUCUGCGAGGCUGUCCUGUAACCAUGGGGGACGUGGUUUCCUCUCACCUGGAUGAGAGCAAGAGGGAGAUGAUUACAGCUCGGACCAGAGAUGUGAUGAAGGAGUUCAGCGAUAAGUACGAGCAGCAAUACGCAGUCGCUCUCUUCAACAGUGUGCGUUAUGAGAUAGAGGGAGGAGGAGGAAAGCAGUCACAGCUGCUUCACAGAAAGGACCCCCUGGCAGGCCGCUCCAUCUUCUCAGGGAAUCUGUUUCAGCAUCUGGAAGAGAAUCGGAAGUUCAGGAAUCGUUAUGUAUCCGUGCCAAAUAGCUACACCAUCAGCCUCUAUGAGAGCAAAACAGCACAUGAUCGAGGCCUCCACCCAAAAACUACCAUCAACUGUGCCGGGUACAAGGCCUUGGCCUCAAUGGAAGAAUACAUGGAGCUUAUUAACAGCAGCCUGCCAGGUAUCAAGGCCAAAGUAGGAAAUCAUCCAUUCAUCAAGUCUGCGACAGAGUUCCCCCUCAUCCUCUGGCACCCGUAUGCCCGCCACUACUACUUCUGUGUGAUGACCGAGAAGGAGCAGAAGAAGUGGCACGCUGUGCUGCAGGACUGUGUCCGACACACCAACAACGCAGGUCUACCAGAGGAGCAGACCGUUCAGACGCCCGCCUUCACAGACGCUGUGAGACUCUACAGACAAGCCAAGGGACACUAUGGAACCUGGGAUAUGAUGUGUGGAAAGCCCCCACAGAUUCUGGCUAACCUGGUGAUGGAAACCCUCCAUCCAGAGCUGAGGAACAUGAUUGGUCCUCGUCUGAAAGGGAAGAUGCAGCAGAGACAGAGGAACUGGAUGUUGGUAUCUGAUGCCGUGUACAGACAGGUGUUGUCUCAGACCACCGGGCAGUAUAAUGCGCUGGUUGGAUCCUGUGAAGCGCAGAAAUUACAAUUGGAUGCCAGCCUGCGGACGGACAUGGACCAAAUCAUCACGUCUAAGGAACACGUCAGCAACAAAAUCCGAGCUUUGGUGUCGCCCAAGGCGGAGCAAGUCCUACGCACCAACGUCCAGCCCUACAUCAGCUCCAUCCUGGAGGCCCUGAUGGAACCCACCAGCAGAGGUUUCUCAGAGGUCAGGGAUGUUUUCUUCCGGGAGCUGGUGGAGAUCAGCAAGAACUCCAUAAACGGAGGGGACAAAGAAAAGCUUGGAGACGACAUGGAGAGGCUGUCUAUGCUCGCCUUCCACCCGGUGAAGAUGCAGAGCUGCUAUGAACAGGUGGAGCAGCUCAAUCUGGAGGGGCUGCAGCAGAGAUUUGAUGUCUCCAACCCCUCUGUGUUUGUCAGCAGGGCUCAAAUUCUCAUGCGAGAGCAAAUGGACAACGCAGUGUACACAUUUGAGCAGCUGCUGAAUCAGUCUUUACAGGCUCAUGGAGAUGACGACGUUUGCAAGACCAUCCAAGGAUGCCAAGACAGGGUCCUCAAGAAAUACGAUUAUGACAGCAGCACAGUGAGAAAGAAGUUCUUCAGAGAGGCUCUCCUGCAGAUCAACAUCCCGUACAUGCUGCAGCAGCUUUCACCGUCCUUUUCAACUGAGCUGCCUCGCUUCAAAGAGCUGAUCUUCGAGGACUUCUCUCGUUUCCUGCUGGUGGACAACAUGUUCGAGGAGGUGGUGCUGCAGUCUGUCUCCAAGGACAUAAUGAUGGCUGUGAAGGAGGCCGCCGUCCAGAGGAGACACAACCUCUACAGGGACAGCAUCAUUCUGACCAACAGCGACCCAAACCUGCACCUCCUCGAAGACAACUCUCAAGUGGACUGGGCCGCCAAAUUUGGAGGGGAUGAGACGGAGGACGCUGUUGGUGGUGGAGGCGGUAAUGGAGGAGGCUCUGGGAGCAGGCGUAGACAGGUGGUGUCCAUGAUCCAGCUAGAUGGGGUUCCUCUGGAGUACGAGUCCUGCCUGGAGGUUCCAGGGGUGGAUCUCAUCCCAGAAGAGGGUGCUGGCAUGUCUGAGGCCAACGAGGAGGAGCAGGAAGAGGAGGAUGAUGAAGAAGAUGAAGAGGAGGAGAAAGACCUACCUGAGGGACCCAAGUCUCCUGACUGCGUGUAUGAGAUCAGGGACCUGAUUAACCCGGUAGUGGAGAUGGUGGUUCCUGUGUCAGAGGAGAACCAGAGCGAGGAGACCAAUGGGACGGAGCCUGCCAUGAGCCGGAUUACCAUGGAGGACGGGGUGGAGGAGGAUGUGACACAUGUUACCACUGUGGUGGAGGACGUCCCCAUGAAAUCCCCAAGAGCCAAGUCGUCCCCGCAGUCACUCUUCCAGAAGGACGCAGUGCCAAACGUUACCACUGGGACAGAGGACGUCCCCAUGAAAUCCCCACAAGACAAGUCCUCCCCACUGUCUCUUCUCCAGAAGGACGCUGUGGCAAAUGUUAACACCGUGGUGGAGGAUGUUCCCAUGAAAUCCCCACAAGACAAGUCUUCUCCACAGUCUCUCCUCCAGGAAGAGGAUGUGACAAAUGUUAGCACCUUGAGGAAGGAUGUCCCCAUGAAAUCCCCACAAGACAAGUCUUCUCCACAGUCUCUCCUCCAGGAGGAGGAUGUGACAAAUGUUACCACGGUGGUGGAGGAUGUCCCCAUGAAAUCCCCACGAGACAAGUCAUCCACGCAGUCACUCCUCCAGCAGCUGAAAGGAAGCAGGAAGAAGAAAGCUGACAUAGAGCAUCAGGUGGAAACAGCCACCAAGAAUGCCGUUGAGGCAAUAGAGACAGCAGUGCAGGAAGAUGAGCGGAUCGCUGAGAUCUCCACUGCAGAAUCCGAUAGUGAGUCGUCACCAAAACCACCGUUAGUUACAGACUCCAGCUCACAUGGUGACAGCGGCUUCCAGUCCCCAACUAAUGAGGAUCUGGAUGAGGGAGAGCUGAUCACAAAUGGUCUGAACGGAGGGGACAAAAUGAUCGACCCAGUAGAAGUGGAGGUGGAGGUUGCGUAGGGAGACGUUCCUCCGGACAGAACUCAGAUACUGCAGGAGAAACUUAGAGAGGAAACAGACGAGGAUGCUCCCCAUGUAGUGAGGGAGAAGGGGAAUAGAUACGAAUUUUAUUUAAAAGUUUAAUUCAAAGUGUUGCUUUUCUUUAUUUUUGUUAAUAUUGCACACCCUAUCUUGCGUGUAGUCUGAUGUGGUAAUAGGUUACAAAUAAUGAAUUCUAGAAAGUUUUCUUCUAAUGUUGCAUAUGUCACUGAAUUCAACAUGUCUGAUAAAAUAGUGAGGCCCUUUAAUGCUGCGUAACAAGGUGAGGGGGUUUUAAAGUCAUAAUCCACUUUUUAAACUUGCUAAAUAAGGGAGCAGCAUUCAUAUAGUUAAUUAUGUUUUCAUAUCAUUAAAGCUUUGUUUACAUACAUCUGUAAACAUUAUGGAAAUAUAAAGGCUUUUAAUUUUGAAAAUAUUUCUCACAGACAGUUGAAAAAUGUUGGAUUGUACCUUUAACUUCACUGCAGGUGAACAGAUUUCUCUUGAAAUGAUCUCAGCUUCUUUCUGGGCAGCAGGGGGCGCUACAAUCAAACCUUUAAUGUUGUGUGCGGGUGUGUUUGUGCAUUUCCACUUUAUUAUUUUUUUAAAGUUUCUAUUUUUAUAACUUUUAAGAUAUAAAGUUCAUUCACUUUAUUGCUUUUUCCUGUAUUCACAAGUGGCCUUUAUGUUUCAACUCUAGAUAUUUAUCCUGUAAGAGAGGAUGUGCAUCUCCACUGUAAUGGGACAAGAUAGAUACACAAACUUCUGUGGGUGGAGACGGUGUAGAUCGUAGGAUUUGGAUGAACUUGUAAUCAGAGGGAGAUUCUUAACCCUCCUAUUAUGUUCGUUUCUUAGGGACAGCAAUAAUGUUCCUGGGGCAUAUUUAAUGAUUCAAAGUGUCAGAACCUCAAAAAAAUCCCAAUAUACAUUUUUUAAAUCUCUUUAUUAACUCCAUUACUAACCAUUUAAAUCAAUAUUUAGUGCAAUGCUGUUUUUUAUUUCUCACAGAUCAUGGUUCAAGGAGGAUAACUCACUUGUUUUUAAUGAAAAUUCAUGUUAAAACCUUUUUAAAUGUACAUUGGAAAGCCCUAAAUAUAAUUAAAAUGUUUUUUCAUGACUUAGAUUUUUGUUAAUUUUAUUUUCUUCAUUUUUUUAUGAAGUGAUGUUGAUCAAUUAUUCUAUAUGUUGAUUACGCUAAUUAAUCCAAGCAGAAAAAGUUUCAUACCGAAAAAAUACUUUCAACAUUUUUCUUCAGAUUUUUUAAACUUUAAAAUGGGUCAAAUUGACCCGCAACAUAACAGAAGGGUUAAUAUUUGCUCUGAUGAUGUUUUCUGAAAGUCCCUAAUAUUUUUCCCACCUUCAUAUAAAGGGCAUCAAAACAAAACACUGAAAAGUGUUUCUAAAACGGUUUCUGUUUAAAAUGAUAUUUUCUUAUUUAACUCAAACUGAACAAUCUGGUGAAUAACAUUUUAUAGGAAUGAAAUGGCUUCCACAAAACUUCUUAGAAGUCCUUAUUUCUGUAAGUUUCAGUGACAGUGAUACUAUGAAUUUCACCCACUGUGUUGAUUUGUCCUGUAAAUCAUUAAGACACAGGUGUUCUGUAAAUCCAGGUUUGAUAAACUGCAAAUGUACAACUAUAAUUCCUGUCAUUUAUCAUGUUAUAACGAAAUGUCUGGUUUAACUGAGGUAACUGGGAAAUAUUUGGUCAUGAUUUAUCUACAUGGACGUUUCCUGGAAAGACAUGCUAACGUGUAGGGAAAUUCGAGGCAAUGAUGUUGACAACAUUUUCUGCAUGUUCAGAUGAGCGGCCUCGCACUAUUAAAAUCCCUUUUAAUGUUACCACUGUUUUAAAAAGGACCCUCAUCCUUAAAAACAGUACAGAAAAAGGGACAAAUAGACAAAUAAUGAAAGUGUGAUCAUCUGAGUACACAAAAACACCACAUGUUGAGUUAAUGUAUAGAGUGGCAGAAUGUAAUAUAAAGAUAAAUAAAGCACCAACAGAUUGCUUUACAGUUCCAUUUUACUGUAAUUUGUGCCACAUUUUACUUCCCCGAUGGGAACCUUUCUCAAGUCCACCUUUUUCCACAUUUUCUAGGACUUAAAGGACAUUUUCGACCCCGUGAAAUAAAGUUCUACCACAUUA